AGACCCAAUAAAUAAAUCGUAUACUAAAUUAUGCAAUCGAUAUGAUUAUGAAUUCACACCAUUUCAAGGAUGUAUGGUUACGUGCUAUUUCCAAUAAUCACCUGAUCAUAGACGUCUGACAAACAUCAUCAGAUCUUUUUAUAGAGCUCCCUAGACUCGUCUCGUCUCAACUCUUGAAGAUAUGCAAUCGUUUGUUGAAGAACUUAAGGAGGAACUCCGAUGUUCCCUGUGUAAUGAUACUUUCACUGAACCAAAUAUCUUGUCUUGUUUCCACACAUUUUGUAAGCCUUGCGUCAAACGACACGCCGAGCAAGUUGACCAAAUCAACAUCUUCAAGUGUCCUCGAUGCAAAUCACAAACUUCUCUAUCAGAACUAAGCAGCGUCGAAGAUCUACAGCCAAGUCUAAUGCAUUCAAGAAUCUUGAAGGCUCUGGCGUUGGUAGAAGGAGAAAAGGCUUGUUCUGCUUCUGAGAGUCAUUCCUACGCUUCUUGGUAUUGUUUUGACUGUGAUCACUCGAUGUGUGAUGAAUGCGAGAAGAGUCAUUCGCUCUUCCUUAAAGAUCACAAGGUCGUUCGCCUGGCGGAUUUGAAGAAAGAAGAUAUUCAGUUCGUAAUCACAAGAGAAAGUCCUUGUACAAGUCACCCUCAGCACAGGCUAGAAUUCUUCUGCGAAGAUUGUGAUGCAAUGAUUUGCUUGACAUGCUUGAGAGAUCACAGGAUUCAUAAGACAAUGUCAUUACAUGAGUUUGCUUCGAUCAAGAAAGCUGAAUUGUCAAAGCAUCUGCAGGUACUAGAGCAGUUGAGAUUAGAUGACAAGGAAAAGCAACAACAAGAAAAGAUUGCUAACRCAAUCAAACAACAAGGAGAAAAGGCAAAAAAAGGAGUCAAAGACAAAACCAAGAAAAUCAUCCAAAUACUACAAGACAACGAACGAGAAUUGCUGAGACAAAUCGAUGAGAAGUUGAACACAGCCACAACAAACUUGAAUAUAAUUCAUCAUAUUCCAGCCGCCAAGGAAUACAUCAAGAAUAUGAUGGAAAGAGGACUGACAAAUGAAAUGAUGAACAUUCAAGAGACACAAUGCUCUCAGAUAUUCAUCUUCAACCAUAUUCCACCAUACUCUAGAAUACAAUAUGUUGCUAAUGCAGAGCUGAUGCGACAAGUGAAUUCAGGGCUGGGAGAAAUACAAACUUGUUUGAAAACAGACCCUACUAAGAGCACUAUUCAGGUGAAAUCUAAGAUAGAAGCUUCAGAGAAUAAAAAGCUGUUAGAAGAAGCCAAUCAUGAUCCAAGGGAUGAUAUCGACGUCCAAAUCAAGCGUGAAGAAAAUGUGAAAAUAGAAAAUAAAUACUUGACAACUGAUGGUAAAGUAGAAGUUGAAUUCAUGUCUACAGUACCUGGUCCGUUGACAGCAGAGGUUCAAGUGAAUSGGAAUCAUGUAUCUAACAGUCCACUAGUGGCGAAUGUCAAGCCACAAGUGAUGAGAACAACAGGACAGUUUAACAUGAAAGGUGUAAAUAGAGAUUCUAGUUUUUUGAGAGGUAUAGCAGUUAAUAGAAGCAAUAACAGGAUCGCUGUUUCAAAAGAUUCUUCUGACUGUGUCCAUGUAUUCACCACCGAUGGAGAUCUCUUACUGACGUUUGUUAGCCAAGAUAGUGCACAGGGACAGUGGCCUGAAGGUUUAGCAUUUCUGAAUGAUAUAGAUUUAGUCAUAGCCGAUUAUGGUAAUCACAGAAUAUGCAUAGUGAACACUACAACAGGGACAUUGGUAAAAACCUUUGGUAACCAAGGUAACGGGGAUGGAGAGUUUUAUUUUCCAUGGGGUGUACACGUUGAUGACGAUGGUAGCAUCAUUGUGUGUGAUGGUGAUAAUCAUCGUGUUCAAGUCUUCACAAGAGACGGUGACCAUCAAUAUCAGUUUGGUUUGACAACACAGGACACGUUUGAUCCAAUUGAUGUGAUAACACAUGAUGGAAUGUUUUACGUCAGUGAUUGUAAUAAUCACGUUAUUCAUGUAUUUGAGAAGAAAGGUAACGUACCGACUAGAAUAUCGACGAUUGGUCGUGAAGGCGGUGCUGAUGGUCAGCUGAAUAGACCAUGGGGUCUGGCUAUUGAUAAUGACUAUUACCUACUGGUGUGUGAUUAUGGUAAUAACCGCGUACAAAAAUUCACAUUGAAUGGUCGUUUUAUAGGAAAGACUUUUGACGUAAUCGAGGACCCUACAUAUAUAACUGUUUUGAAGGAUGGUCAGUUGUUAGUUAGUACGUCGGGUUCUGGUGUCUGGUGUGUAAAGUAGAAUUGACUAUUAUUUUCUGUAUCAUACUUUGAUUGGUUUGACAAAUGGAUACCACAGUGUUUGAAAUGUCCUUAAAUAUGACCAUUUGGAGUUAAAUAUACAUUUUAUAACUAUUUUUAUUAUAUAUCUAGGAUAGUACGCGCGCGCUGAUUGCUCAAAAACUGUGCUUCAAGCUGGUGUCCAUUUCAUUAGAUUUUAACAAUUGUUGCAGUUGCUGUACUCUUUAAACUUACUUCUCCUACAGUCGGCGCCAUUUUGUUGCGCGUCAUAUCGGCGAUGGACAUGUUACACAAAUCGAUUUGCUGAAAAUUCGUUAUCUUGCGUUGCAGCCAUUUUUGAAUUGAAUUUGAAUUUGAAUUUUUGGGUUAGAAGCUAAUCGCUUAAAUAUGGAGAGGGAGUCAUAAGUCAAUUUGGGGUUUUGCUUGCUAUUAAAUUGAAAAUAUGCAUAUAAAUGUAUUUAAAAUAAGCAUUCAUUUUUAUAUUGUUUACUGUAUAAAGAACACAACUUGUCACAGGUGGAACCUCAAAGCCAAAUGUGUUGAAAUAUAAUGUAUAAACUGAGUAUCCUUUGUAAUAAAAACAGUACAAAAAACA